AUGGACCCUAACAAUAUGUUCAAUUUCAAUGACAACAUGGAACACCAACCAUUCCUGGGCCCUGCGGUAGCUCUUCCCUCCACGGCGAUGGCUAGCAAUCGGAAAGUUGAGAUGGAACUUAUCAACCCUUUCGCACGGAACCAGGACAGGAGACAUAAGUUUUCCAGAGAUAUUAUCAUACCACCGGUGAAUGGAGAAAUUAGCAGUUACAUAAAAGUAAAGCUUCGAGUACCUAAAAGUCAGAAUGAUGAUCAGAAUGCCUUACACACCAAGCGUGGUUGCUCCAACUCCCGAACGGUGAUUCCGCUACAUUCAGAAAGAUAUUCAUAUCCACGUCAAGUUAACAGAGGAAUUUCACUUAUACCCUCAGUCAUUCCUCCGACUAUAGCCAUGCAUAGCGUCUUUGCUGAACAUCAGUUUGAUGGACAGUGCCUGAAAUUUUGUAUGCGUCCCUCAACUCCCUGGUAUGGUUAA